AUGAAAGGUAUGAAGGUAAGUAGAUGGGAUAUUAUGUAUUGUGAAUGGGGAGAAUAUUAAUAUAAAUAAAUGUAAAUUUUAAAUAUAAGGAAUAUAGUGGUGGUGGAUCAUAUGAUUAAGAAGGAAAUUAGAAAAAGAUUGGAAAGUGGGUAGAACUGGAUGAAAAUUUUUAUUAUUGGAAAUAAAUUACUUAUAAUGGUGAAUAUAAUAUGAAUGGUAUUAAAAUAGGUUGCUGGGAUUUUAUGUAUGAUAGUAGAGACGGAAAAGGAUAUAAAUAAAUGUAAUAUGCCAUACUAAUGAUUAUAGCGGUGGUGGAUCAUAUGAUUAAGAAGGAAAUUAGAAAAAGAUUGGAAAGUGGGUAGAACUGGAUGAAGGAUUUAAUGAU